ACAUAAACAAGAAAGUACCAUAAACACACGUGUGGAUUUCAAAACUUAUUUCAUGAUUGACUUUUUCAAAUAACACAUCAAAAAUGACAUCCAGUCUUCCACAAAAAAAAUUUUACAGACAAAGAGCACAUUCUAAUCCCAUGUCAGAUCACAGUGUUGAAUAUCCUUUGAACCCUGAGAGUAUGGACUGGUCAGACAUUUACCCACAAUUCUCUAGUAAAAAUGGAGGUGAUGAUAAUAAAUUGGUAGAAUUUGCAGACGUAGGGUGUGGUUAUGGUGGAUUGUUAGUUGAUUUAUCCCCCAUGUUUCCUGACACUUUGAUGGUUGGCAUGGAGAUCAGAGUUAAAGUUUCAGAUUAUGUUAAAGACCGAAUCCAAGCUUUAAGAACACAGAACCCUGAGAAGUACCAGAAUAUAGCAUGUAUUAGGACAAAUGCCAUGAAAUUUUUACCAAAUUUCUUCAGAAAAGGACAAUUAAAGAAAAUGUUUUUCUUGUUUCCUGAUCCACAUUUUAAGAAGACUAAACACAAAUGGAGAAUUAUUAGUCAGACCUUGUUAGCAGAGUAUGCUUAUGUUAUAGCUGUUGGGGGUAUAGUGUAUACUAUCACAGAUGUUAAAGAUCUCCAUGAUUGGAUGGUCAGCCAUUUUGAUGAGUUUCCAUUGUUUGAAAGAAUUCCUGAUACUGAAUUGGAAUCUGACCAAGUUGUAGAAAAACUGUACAUCAGCACAGAAGAAGGUCAAAAGGUCACAAGAAACAAAGGGGACAAAUUCUUGGCAGUGUAUAGACGAAUUGUAGACCCUUAUCAACAGACAGACAAAUACAACAUGGAUAAUUCAUAACAAAGGGAGAUAAUAAGACAGAAAUAUCAAUUUAUAAAUUCUAAUUUUAUGUUACAGAAAUAUCAUAGAUUCUUGUUCGUUGUUAUUCCAGAAAUUGUGUCAAUAGCAUGAAAUUAUUAUGAUUUACUGUAAACCAACAAAUUGUAGAGAGUGAAUUAUUUCAAUUACAUUGUAAGAAGACUAAGUAGAAAAUAAUAUGAAUAUAAAACAUCAUGCAUACGUCCAACUUUGAUCUUUGUAUAUAUUUUUUUUAAUUUGACCCAGUAGUUAAAUUAAAAGCAGGUCAUCCCAUUGUAGUCUUGCAAUAGUUACUGAAGACCCCUUAUCAUUAUUAAAAUUAGUUUUCAAGUUGUGA